CUUCUAGGCUACUGCAUCUCUCCAAGCUGGACCCCCGAGUCCCUGAUGAGUUGCUGUACGGCCGCAUGGGCUACCUGUAUGCUUUGCUCUUUGUGAACAAGCAUUUUGGAGAGGAAAAGAUCCCGCAAAGCCACAUCCAGCAGGUCUGCGAGGCGGUUCUGGCUUCUGGGGAGAGCCUGUCCAAAAGGCGGAACUUCAUGGCAAAGAGCCCCCUGAUGUAUGAAUGGUACCAGGAAUACUACGUAGGAGCAGCACAUGGCUUAGCAGGGAUUUAUUACUAUCUCAUGCAGCCCGGCCUUGGCGUGAGCCAACCCAAGUUGCACAAUGCCGUCAAACCGAGCGUGGAUUACGUCUGCCAGCUGAAGUUCCCCUCUGGCAAUUUCCCUCCGUGCAUCGAGGACUCCAGAGACCUGCUCGUGCAUUGGUGCCACGGUGCGCCAGGCGUCAUCUACAUGCUCCUUCAGGCCUACAAGGUGUUCGGGGAGCAGAAGUACCUCAGCGAUGCCUUGCAGUGCGCCGAGGUGAUCUGGCAGUGGGGGCUGCUGAAGAAAGGUUACGGGCUGUGCCACGGGACAGCUGGCAACGCGUAUGCCUUCCUGACCCUCUACAACCUCACUCAAGACGUGAAAUAUCUCUACAGAGCUUGCAAGUUUGCCGAAUGGUGUUUGAGUUAUGGACAGCACGGGUGCCGGACACCAGAUACUCCCUUUUCUCUCUUCGAAGGCAUGGCGGGCACCAUCUAUUUCCUGUCUGACCUCCUGAUCCCGGCUAAGGCCAAGUUCCCGGCUUUCGAACUCUAGAGCCACAUUUGCAGUGACCAUCACGUCGCUUUUGCUGCACUCCUCUUCACUGGGAAAGGCGGACUCAUUUCUCGCUGUCUCAUUUCUCAGCUAACAGAGCAAAAUCUUCGGGGCUCCCGCUUGGUUUACGUUGUUUCCUACGUCCGGCCUGCUUAAACUUUAGUACCCUGCCUUUUGUUUUUUCCCUGAGCGUUGUUUAGGUUUCACAAAAGAAGAGCUUUGGUUCUUUUGGAAGGGGAAAAGGUAUAAUAUUUUUAAGAGGCUCUUUAAAGUAAUUGUUAGACAGUUGGUAUUUUAUAGAUGUGGUGGAGGGGAACUUUUCUCUUGCAUGUGGCUUUGGAGGAUUUUAACUGACUCUGGCGGCUUUUUGGAGAGCGUCUUUGGGAGAUGUCAGCCCCAGGACAGAAACUUCUUCAGAAGCCGGCAAAGCUGGCUAAAAUGUUUACCUCAUGGGCUACGAAGGCCACACCUGUGGUGGGAACAUACCAAAGUUCGUUCUUGGGGGUUCACCUCUGUACGCACAAGCUUGCUGUAUUGCUGCAUGCACCAUCAGCGGAUAGGAAGGAGACCUUGAGUUGCAUGCUUUUGAUAGAUACUUUUAACAUCUCUUCGGCAAUCCAGGUGAGGCUCUCGUUCAGCUAGCUCUGUCUGCCUUGCAACAGAUUUUGGAUGCGUUUGUUCCCUGUCAUCAGCAGUGCAUUAUGGGAACACUGUAGAAAACACCCUCUCAGCCUGGUGUUAGUUAGCUGCAGCUAAUUCUGAUACACAAGGGAAGUGUCAGCUCGCUGUUUGGCACCAACGAUUGAGCUGAUCUUGAGCCAAGUUAAGGCCGAAGUAGCACGGGCAGCUAAUUUGCUAUUCUUCUCUUAACCCCACUGAUUUCGGACGGGCCCGCUCAUUCCUCUGACACGCUCAUCCACCGCUGGCAUUAACAAUUUCCGAUCGUCCAGUGUUAAGACGCUAGGCAGCUAAAAAUUUCAAAAAAAAAAAAAGAUGCCGGUUUCAGAAUAUUCGCCAUCUCUUUUAGAAAGCCAUAUUAAACUCACUUUGGUGAGCCUAUACUCUUAAGCUGGGUGGGGCAGGCAUUAAAAAUCCCCUUGGACAUUUUUGCAAACGAUUUCUGCGUUGCUUUGUAUAGGCGGUUAAUUGUAAGUCAGGCUGUUUCUGCCUUUGGCCGAGUGACGUUAAGUUGUAGAAAUUAAAGCCGUUUGAAUAUG